UUCGCUGCUUCAGUCUUUCGUUCGUCAUAACUCUGCCACCACAAUGAAAUACGCUGUGAUUGCCAUCGCUCUGUUUGCGAUUUCUGCCGCGUCGGCCUCUUCCGCUGGACAGUUUCUGCCACGUGCCUUCUUCACCUUGGACGCUGAGGGCCAUCCCUCCGAUGUUCAUCCGGUUAAUGACCAUCUGCUGAGGCGUCUGCGUCGUCAGGUCUAUAGCUCGUCUUCAUCUUCCUCUUCGUCCUCCUCCUCGUCAGGAAACGGUGGCACCAUCACCUUUGCCUCCCACUCCGUUCAGAAUGCCGAUGGUUCCGGACAAUCUGGCUCUUCCUACACUCAGCAGGCGGCAGCUCCAGCAGUAAGCUUUGAAAACCGUUUUGGUGAGGACUCUGCCACCGGAAACUACAAUUCUGGUGCCUACAACUCUGGUGCCUACAACAAUGGCAACUACAACAGUGGAAGCUAUCCCAUCUCCUAUACUGGAAGUAUUAACACCAACAGCUACCCAAAUGGCGGAGUUGGUAGCUCCUUCCAGUCCCAGUCCAGCUAUGGAACUGCUCCCCAAACCAUUGUCCAGCACACUCUCACCACUGUCGAUAGUAACGGAAACCAGAAGACGACCAACAUCCAGGGCGCCACCGACCAGAGCGGCAACCUGAACGUGAAGAAGACCGAGGUCACCUAUCCUUCCAACUAAAUAUCGUCCAGUUGGCAUAGAAUUUAGUUAUUUUCGAAUGUAAUUGAAGGUGCAAUGACGUGAAGUAAUCUAUAAUAAAGUAAAAUAAAUUUUAAAACAUA